GAAUCUAUUACUUUCACUAAAACAAAAUAAUUGGAUCCUUCUUUUUGUUUGGUCUAAAGGACAUCUUCCACCAUAUCUCCCUCCCCAAUUCUUCUGAUCCUCACAAAUCUGCAGGUUAAAACUUUCAGAAAUCACUCACACAGACAUCGAUCUUCAAUGGAGUCCUUAUUGGGAUUAUUAAGCAUUCAUGUACACAAAGGAGUAAACCUUGCAUCUCGAGAUAUCGGGGCCAGUGACCCUUACAUCAUUUUCAAAUUGGGUGAUCAGAAAGUGAAAACUAAAGUGGUGAAGAAUAAUAACAAUCCUGUGUGGGAUGAAGUUUUAACUCUUGCCAUGUUUGAACCUCUCCCGAUCAAAAUGGAAGUCUAUGAUAAAGAUACAUUUUCACAAGAUGAUGAGUUGGGGCAUGCAGAAUUUGAUAUUAACCCGUUCCUCGAAGCAUUAAAAAUGCAUUUUGAUGAUCUUCCAAACGAGACAAUCAUUGCAACUGUAAAACCAGCCAGGAACAACUGCAUAGCUGAAGAGAGUCACAUAAAAUGGACAAACGGAAAAGUUAUCCAAAAAUUGGUUCUCCGAUUACAAAAUGUCGUAUCAGGUGAAAUUGAGAUUCAACUAGAAUGGGCUAAUGUUCCUGGUUCUAGAGGUCUCUGAUAACUUCAUUUGAACAUGUAUUAUAGAUACGUAUUCGUCUAAUAAAAACAUGUAUUAGUAUAUUCAUUAACUUUGCGUGUUACAUGUAUCUUAUAUUUUGGUUCGGAUAUAAUUUCAUAAACCGGUUG